CUCCCCAAAACCUCCCACUCUGCUCAGCGCCACCGCCGGAGAAACAGUGCUAGGACAGCGGCUGCCAUUUGGCGCAGUGUUGAGCUCCAGCAGUAAUCUAAUUUAUUUUGCCGUUGUGUUAGUUCGUUUUAUUUAAUAGAUCUUCGUCGUCAAACAGUCACAAUGAGCUCAAUCAACGUCAAGAAGCUGAAAGUCAACGAGCUGAAGGACGAGCUGAAAAAGCGCAAUCUCUCGGACAAGGGGCUGAAGGCCGACCUGAUGGACCGCCUGCAGGCCGCGCUGGACGACGAGGCCUUCGCCGGUGACUCCCCGCUGGACCAAGAAGCCGCGGCGAGCGAGGGUCUCGGCCAGGCCGCCGAAGCGGAGUGCAUGGGAGAGGAAGAAGAGGGUGAGGGCACGGUGGAAGAAAGCAUGGAGGCCAACGAGGAGGAAGAAGAGGAAGAGGAAGAAGAAGCAGGGCAAGAAGCGGAGCCGGAGCCAGAAAAUGGGGGCGAUGCUGAACGCGCUGCUGAGGACGAGGAAAUGGGCGAAGGGGAAGAGGAGGCGGACGAAGACGACGAGAUGGAUCCCAUGCUCAAGGGAGACGUGGACGACAUGGAGAAAAUCGACACCGAGGAUGGUGAGCCCGGGGACCAGGCUGCAGAGGGGGAUGCGGACAAAGACACGAAUGCUGAUCAGAAGAAUAAGAAGGGUGUUAAGAGACGCCGGGAGGAACAUGGAAGGGGCUACUUUGAAUUUAUUGAAGAGAACAAAUACAGCUGGGCCUCAUUUAAGUCUCCUGUGCCGCCUCUGGAGGAGGAAGAUGAGGAGUUUGAUGAAACUAAAGUCUGUCUGGAUACCUACAACUGCGACCUGCACUUCAAGGUGUCACGGGACCGUUACAGCGCCUCAUCUCUCACAAUGGAGAGUUUUGCUUACCUCUGGUCUGGAGGAAAGGCUACCUAUGGUGUGAACAAGGGCAAAGCCUGCUUUGAGAUGAAGAUUACAGAGAAAAUCCCUGUGAAGCACAUUUCCAGUAAGAACAUGGAGAUCCAUGAUGUGCAGGUUGGCUGGUCCCUGUCUACUGGCACCCUGCUCCUGGGUGAGGAGCUGCAUUCCUACGCCUACUCUGGGAAAGCUAAUAAGACCACCAAUUGUGUGACUGAGGACUUUGGAGAAACUUAUGAGGAGAAUGAUGUCAUCUGCUGCCUUAUUGACUUCGAAGGUGAAGAGGUGGUGCUGUCCUUCUCUAAGAACGGUGGGGAUCCCGUCAUGGCUUUCCAGUUCAACAAGGACACACUGAACGGCCAGGCCCUUUUCCCCCACGUCAUCUGCCACAACUGUGCCGUGGAGUUCAACUUUGGUCAGAUGGAGACUCCUUACUUCCCCCAGCCCCAGGGCUUCACCUUCCUGCAACAGAUCGCCGUCAGUGAGCGGGUCCGGGGACUUAAGGGUCCACAGACCAAGGCAGACUGCGAGAUCGUAGUAAUGGUUGGUCUGCCAGGCUCGGGAAAGACCACAUGGGUGAAGAGCCAUGUACAGGAGAACCCUGGCAAAUAUUACAUCCUUGGCAGUGACACCAUUGUGGACAAGAUGAUGAUUAACAGCCUGAAACGCCAGUCAAAGGACAUUACAAAGCUUACCGCCAUUUCCCAGCGAGCACCACUUUUCUUGGGAAAGUUCAUUGAGAUUGCUGCCCGCAAGAAGAGAAACUACAUCCUGGAUCAUACCAACUUGUCUGCCCCGGGCCAGAAGAGGAAGAUGUGUCUGUUUGCAGGCUUCCAGCGUAAAGCUGUAGUGGUCUGCCCCUCUGACGACGACUACAAGGAGAGAGUCCAGAAGAAGGUGGAGAGUGACGGCAAAGAAGUGCCUGAGCAUGCCGUCCUCAAAAUGAAAGGCUUCUUCUCUCUGCCUGAGGAGGGGGAGAGCUUCAGUGAGAUUGUCUAUGCUGAGAUGCAGAAGGAAGAGUCUGCCAAGCUCCUGGAACAAUACAAAGAGGAAAGCAAGACUGCCCUGCCUGCUGAGAAAAAACCUAAUCAGGGAAGCACAACACCAAAAAGAGGUGGCGGCCUUCGCGGCGGUGGCCGAGGAGGCAAGAACCAGUUUGGCCGCGGUGGUGGACCUGGACAGAGAGGUGGUGGACGUGGAGGCUUCCAGAACAGAGGCAACUUUAGAGGAGCUCCUGGUCCUCGUGGCGGCUUCAACCGCCCACCUCGUGGCUUCCUGCCACCCCCAGCCUUCAGGGGAGGAUUCCCCAACCGCGGAAACUUCAACCGGGGUGGUGGCCCCCUUCCCAGCCUGGGUGGAUCCCCCAGGGGGCCCCCAAUGAGGGGUAACAUGGGACCCAGAGGAGGACACAUGAACAGAGGUGGCCCAAUGCACAGAGGAGGUGGAGGUGGAGCCAGCAUGAGUCGUGGUGGAAACCGGGGACAUCCCAACCAGUUUCAACCGAGAGGUGGUAACCGUGGCAACUUUGGCAACAAGAAUGGCAACUUUGGAAACAACAGGGGCAGUGGAAACUUUGGCGGAAACAGAAAUGGCAUGGAUAAGGCCCAAGCUUUCAACCAGAGCUGGCAGCAAGGGUUCUGGAACCAGAAGCCAUGGAGCCAGCAGUAUCAGCCUGGAUAUUACUAAGACACUUGUUCUAACGGACUGGUGGCCGACACAGAUCCACCUCUUGCCAAGGAACAUCCCUCCACCCCGCUAUCUGAUUUUUUUAUUUUAAGUACUCAUUCAUUUUAUUCUUGUCCUCAAUCCCUCUCUAAUUAAUCUAAACCCCACCCAUUGACUGCCAAGACUGAAGAGAUAUGGAGCAACAACAUUCCACAUCAGAGAGACCAGGCAGCCAGAGUGUAAAUCAGAGCUUUAUAUAUGAUACCUGUAUACACAUGUUCAACGUGGGUUUGGUCUCAUUCAAUUAUCUGAUUAUUUCUUUUUUCCUUUAGUUGUAUAUUUGAUUCAUCUUUUUGACCACUUUUAACUGACAUGCUUUUAAAAGAGUAAUCUGUAAGAUCAGAAACAUUUCCCUCCUGGCAGAUGCAAGAUUCUUUUCAGAGUUGUGCAUUUUAUCUGUGCUGUGGUUUUUUGUUUUUGCUUUUUUAUUACAAAUUGUAAAUAUUUUUUUGGGUUUUCCAUAGUCUGUAUGAAAAGUUUAAGAAAUGGUAUCGAUUGAAAGGAGCCGUAGCUUCUGACAAGAAGCAUGGUAGCUGAUUAUAUUGUUAGACUGUACAUGUCAAUAGAGUCCACUGUUGAAGUGAAGAUUAAUUACAGUGACUUUUUUUGUCUUUUGUUCCCCCUAGCAAACCUGUAACCUAAACUCAAUAGACCUACAAUAAACAACUCGAUGGCUUUUUAACAUUCUUGCUGGCUUAUGACUUUUGAUUCAGUUCAAAGGUGUGUAAAAGACCUUUGAAUGGGCGAUGGCCUGGUUUGCUACUUCAAACAAUACAGGCAUCAGCCCUGUUUUCACCUUAGUCAGGUAUGCAGAAUGUCCUGUCUUUGAUACGUCACUUCCAGUCUUCUCAACUAUUCUAAUGCACAUUGUCUAUGAAAAAGUAUUUUACCUGCGCCAUUUUAAGGAUAUAACUAAGCCAUUUUUUCAAUACAACACUUAAUUUGUAUUUAUAUUAAAAUUAGGUAGAUUUGCUUAUUAGAAGAGAAAUAGUUCCUAGAUUAUCAAUGGUUCUUUUAGUGCGGUAGACUUCUGAAAUAAAAAAAACUGCCUUUUUGUAUUAUUUUUUUUCUUGCAUGUAUAAUUUAAUGAUUUAUAUCAAAACAGUUUCCUCAACACAUUUCUACUGAUGCCGGUUCAGCACAAAGUGGUUAGAAAAAGGUGAAGUUGCUCAUUCUCACCAGCAAACCUAAAGGGCUACACAGCUCGUGAAAACCUUUUUCAGCCGGAGGAAACCGAAGCAGAGAGAAACUUUUUUCUUUUCUCAACUGCUGCAUUGUUUCCGAAGCUCUCUAUGGAGUCUGUGGUGUUGACUGUGGGUCCAGCAAUAACAACUCUGUGUCCCUUUAUGUUGCCCAGGCAGAGGAUACCGUUUCUGUUUCAACACUAGAGCAACAUCAGAGCUUGGAAAUGGCCCAUUAUAGUAGAUCAGAUCAAAUUUGUUACCGUGACUCCGUUUUAAAUUUUUUAGCUGCCCUUGUUAUUUAAUAACCAUGUAAAUACUUCCCUGUUACAACCAUGCACGAAUGUUCAUGAAUUAAUUGACUGAGUAAUACGUGUUUUGUGAUUAAGAAAGUGUUAGUUUACCAGAGUUACUGCUGUGUGAUGAAUUGUCGAUUCUACUUAAAUGUGUGGGCAGCUGGUGCCCGUCCUGUGUUAUCGUACUUGAGACAUGAAUCUAGCAGAAUGCGAGCUUUUGAGUUUAUGGUAUAAUCUAUAAAACAAUGAACACUAUAUUUCUAUCGCUUUAUGUUACAGGUUGUAUAUCAGGUCUUUUAUUAUCAAACAAAAGCUUUCAGACUUUUUCGAGAUAUGUUGUCUUUUCUAUCUGAUGGUUUUUGAUAUUUGUGUUGGAAAAACAAUUGGGAUUGUACUUUCUUUUUUUUAUUUGUCUCAACUCGAUUAAAAGUUAAACAAGCUGGUACACGGUG